AGAGGAGGAGGGGAGAGGAGAGGAGAGGAGGAGAGAGGAGGAGGGGAGAGGAGAGGAGAGGAGGAGAGAGGAGUAGGAGAGGAGGAGAGAGGAGGAGGGAACAGGAGAGGAGAGGAGGAGAGAGGAGGAGGGGAGAGGAGAGGAGAGGAGGAGAGAGGAGUAGGAGAGGAGGAGAGAGGAGGAGGGGAGAGGAGAGGAGAGGAGGAGAGAGGAGGAGGGGAGGUUCGGAGAGCUACGACAGAAGAGCACCCGUCCGUAUCAGAGGAGGCAUCAGACUCGUGUCGUACUGACUCUCGUUUCAUGACCAGCAUCUCCAGUGACUCCCUGGAUGCUCUGGAGGAGGAUGACCUGAUCGCCUGCUCCUCCUCCCUCCCUCACCCUCCCUUCCGCCUCACAGUGGAGCCCCCCCACCCCCAGCCUCACCCACGAGGGGGUGCAUCCUCACCCCGAGGAGGGGCAGGAGAGUGGAGAGGAGGAGGAGGGAGGAGAGGAGGGGGAGGAGGGAGGAGAUCGGGCAAUGGAGCCGGGGUCGACCCCCACUAUUCUCCAAUGACCCCUGACCCCGUGAACUCUGAACGUGUGACCCCCGUGGUUGACCCCUCUGAGAACCUGAACUAUGCUGAGCUCUCUCUCAUGCUGGAGUACCUCCCCAGUCCUCCGGAGGCCAGCGACGAUGAGGAGGAGGAGCAGAAGAGGGAAGAGAGGAGGAGGACGAGUGAUGAAGGAGGUGGACAGGAGUUAUUUUCCGUAUCCGGACGUCCCCGUUCCUCCUCCUCCUCCUCACGUAUGGACUGUGUGUUUACCUUCGAGCAGAGCGAUUGCAAGGUGUUACUACAAUAUCUGCCCUAACGUUACCCCCGACAGCGCAUGCAGCCUCACCCACCCUCACCCUAAGGCUGAGGAAGAGGAGGGUGGUGGUGGUGGUGAGGAAGAGCAGGGGGCGGUCCUGACCCUGGAGCCCGUGCCCAUCCUCCAGCCGCCGCCAGGGUUCGGAGACAGCAGUUCUGACGAGGAGUUCUUUGAUGCGAGGGAUCGGUUCGCCUCGCCUGAAGACCCAACAUCAGGGACUGUGUCCAGAGGUGUGUCAGGGUUAUUACUGUACUGUAAUGUAUAAUAGUUAGUUCCCUCUUAGAUGCCUAGAGGUUGGUAGUGUUAUGAACUUUAUUGCACUAGGUUCGAUAUUGUGUUAACAACUUAACAGCUUUAGUUUUUUAAGUGUUAACUUGAAGAACUGAAACUUGUCAUAUUAGAUCAAACUGUGAGAAGCAUAGUGCAUAUUCUCCAGUUAAUUAGUGAUAUAUAAAGAGAGAUUAAUGAGAUUAAAUGGAUGAAAGGUUUUAAUUCCUGAUGACCUGAGGUCAAUACAUAGCUGGGAAGCAUUUAAAUAUGUUAGGUUUGUUCAGAUUUCUUUAGUCACAUAAAGUUGUCAUUUGUUUUCAGAUUUUUCAGCCGAGAUGGCAAGCGGAAUGGCACAGCAAACAGUGAGCCUGAGUGACAUCAGAAUCAACCUGACGGAAGGAGGGAGUGAUGAACGAGAGGAGGGUAGAGAGGGAGAGACUACGGAGGAGGAGAAGGAGGACGAGGCAGAGAGAUGUUCUCCAGGCUCUCUAGGAAAAGAUCGAAGAAACGGCGUUCCUUCAUGCAGACUGACUUCACCUCCACAGUCUCCUACCCUGGACCGGACCAAAACCAGGAGCGGAACUGGGACUGGAACCCAGAUCACGUUCCUGAUCAGUAUCCGGACCGGGUACAGAACCGGACAGAGAGCUCAGACGAAAGCCAGCUGCUGAGUUUGGACCCAGAACCCUCUGAGCAGAGCCAGAACCCAUGUCCUACUGUCUCCUCUCUGAGCCACACUGAGGGGGAGGCAUUCCAGCUCGAGUCCAAGCCUAUCCUCACCAAGCCCACCCGAGAGGGGUCCCACCAGGGACCUGGAGAUCCACGGGCGCCUGAUAACCCGAAGGCUGAACUCCAUAGGAGCUCCAGGAGCAGGCGGAAGUCCAUGGAGACAGAGCCCGACGUGAUGGAGUCCAAAUCGGUCACGGCCCUGGUGACGGCAGCCUCCUCCUCCAUCACGGCUGUACGCUGUAGAGUAGAACCAGACGGCAAGGAGAGCACUGAUCGGAGAGGAGACGGGGAGGAGGGAGAGAUGGAGGAAGAGGAAGGGGGUGGAGAAGCAGGGGCAGGACCGUUCACAUGUCACAUGUUUCUGACUGAGAUUAAGGAAGAGGAGGGGGAGAGGGGGGAGGAACUGGGGGAGGAGGGGGAGAGAGACAGAGAGAGGAGACAGCCCUCACUCAUUUCUGAAGGUCCACCCUCCGUUAGGGGGUCCCAAUUUAGUAGACGACCUCUGUGUCUAACGAAAGACGAGGGUCAGGAAGCUUAUUUCAUACCCCAAAUAAGUAUCUCCCAUCCAGGUGUGUAUGGGAGGGACAUAGGGGGUGAACAGGACGUGGCUGGUGGUGAGGAGAGCGUGACUCCCCUUCCGGCUCCUCCUCCCCCAACCUCUCCACUACCACCUCUCCCAGCCCCCUCCAUCCCCCACACGGAGAGGGGAGAGAGGGAUAGCGAGGAUGUGGAUGUGGGGUCCCAACCCAAACCCUUCACACUCUCAGACAGAGAGAAGGACAAUAGCUGCUUGACUCAAGUCCAUAGAAAACUCACUAUCAGUCACCAGGACCUGACAAGCAUAGUGAAAGCAGAAAACUAA